AUGGAGCUAGAGCACCCACCAGAGUAUCCGCUGACCGUUCAUGAUUUGACGGUGGCUUAUCAUCAUAAGCCUGUGAUCUGGGAUGUGGAGCUAAACAUUCCGGAGGGGAAAUUGGUGGGUAUUGUGGGGCCGAACGGGGCAGGGAAAAGCACUUUGAUUAAGGCCUGCUUGGAUCUCAUCCCACGGACAUCGGGGUGGGCGAAAUUUUACGGGAAAGACUAUGAUGAAAACCGUCAUCUGGUCGGGUAUGUGCCGCAACGCGAGAGUGUGGAUUGGGAUUUUCCAGUGAGUGCCUUGGAUGUGGUGGUGAUGGGGACGUACCGGAAGUUAGGCUGGUUCAAGAGGGUGGGGAAAAAGGAACGCAAGAUCGCGAUGGAGGCGUUAGAGAAAGUAGGGAUCGCGCAUUUGGCGACUCGUCAAAUUAGUCAGCUUUCGGGGGGGCAACAACAACGCGUCUUUUUAGCUCGGGCGUUGGCGCAAGAUGCACAGAUUUAUUUUAUGGAUGAGCCGUUCGCGGCGGUGGAUGCGGCGACGGAGCAAGCGAUAGUGACCUUGUUGAAGGAGCUGAGGGAAAAGGGACGAACUUGUCUGGUGGUGCACCAUGACUUGGCGACGGUGCAGCAAUAUUUUGAUUGGCUCAUUCUCUUAAACAUGCGGGUGGUGGCAAGCGGCCCGACGGAUGAAAUUUUUACGGAAGAAAAUCUGCGGAAAACGUAUGGCGGAAAGUUAAAUCUCCUCGACCAUGCGGCGGAGGCGCUUCGUUUGAAAAGAUACUUGGAUAGCGGUGACGGGCGCACUGUGCGCUGCGGCGUGCGCGUUGCCGGGGUGCUUUCUGGUGCUGCGGAAGAUGAGUAUGAUGGGGGAUGCGAUUAG